AUGCAGCUACUUUGCUUAUUAUCGUUGGUCAUAUUUCCUGCCAUCAUAUUCGCACAUCCUAUAGUAUCUGGUGUAGUGGAAGGAACUGCCUCAUGGUACAAUACUGGCCUAGGAGCUUGUGGGCAGACGAGUAAUGACGAACAGAUGGUCGUAGCGCUUCCUGUCGCUCUAGCUGGUUCUAGUUGCUUCAAAACGAUAACUUUGACCAAUGUGGCACGCACUCCUAGCCCAAAGAUCGUAGCGACUGUUAUGGAUAAGUGUAUGGGAUGCAAUGGUAUGGAUGUCGACCUAAGCCCGGCUGCCUUCAAAGCUUUGAACGCCGGCGAUCUAAGCAAAGGCAAGAUAAUAAUUCAGUGGUAA